AUGGUAGAUAAAUGUAUUGGUAACAACUUGGAUGUCAUUGUUGUCAACAUUUUGCUGUGUCUUUAUGACCUUGAAGAUGACAAAUUUAUGAAAACUGCUGUCAUCAGGAACCUGGACCCCGAGCCAAAUCCACCAUGUUACAAAAUGUACCAGAUACAGUCUACUCUUGAUUACCUGACCAGUAAUUUGUCUGGGAAAAAAUCUCUGGUAGAAGUACUGUCAAAGACACAGGAUUCCUUUCAAAAGAUCCUACAGGAGUUGUCGUUGAGAUUGUUUAUGGACCAACGAUUACAUGAGAAGCGGCGGGUGCUGCAGAUGUAUUGCCUUGUAUGCAGACUCCUACUUCAGGACUUUGAUGGUGGAUUGGGUGGUUGCUUUGUCUACAUAUUCAGAGAAAUUCUCUAUCGUCUAGUUUAUCUGAUACAAGAAAUGAGGAAACAGGAAUGGUAAAAUUUUAUAUCUUCAUCAGUUAUCAUUGUACCAGAGUAG